AUGCCGGCAGCCAGUCGUCACUCACUAAGAGCCCUGGAGUUUUGGACGCAGGCGAAGAAUGUACGAAUCAGCGCGUUGAAUAAUCUUCUCGCAUCAUCUGGUUCUAUCAGCACUACAAGCCUGUUCAAGCAAAUAGAUGGAAAGAUUGCUGCCCUACGGGAGGCCCUGUCUUCCCUGCGUGAAUGGCGCAACAGGUUGCCGCCUGUAUCACGACUUCCUCCCGAAUUGCUGGUCAGCAUUUUCUCCUUGUUAGCUGCCGAUGAAGCUCCCACCGUCAGAUACAGGAUUUCACUGGGAUGGAUCGUGGUUUCUCAUGUCUGCAGCCAUUGGAGGCGAGUCGCUUUGGACAGUCCAGUACUAUGGGCGAAUAUCAACUUCGACCUCAGUUCUUGGUGGAUUCAGACGAUGUUAGAUCGUGCCAAGCAAGGACCAUUGGUCAUCCGUGCCAUCCGCAUCAGAUACGCUGAAGACGCUGAAAGUGUUCUGGGUGUCUUGUCCUCCCAUAUGUCACAAAGAAGGGAGCUUGGCCUAAGGCAACCACUCGGCGGAGUUGAUACAAUCAACCCAGUCGUGAAAUUCCUCACUUCCCCGGCCCCAUCUCUAGAAUGGGUGAAGUUUGUCGUCGAAACCAAAAAAAAUGUACACAUCCCCAACAAUAUGUUUGGCGACUAUGCUCUAAGCCUUCGUGUUGUAACUCUCGUCGGAUGUACAAUCCCUUGGAUCUCACCGAUUAUGCGCAACCUAUCUCAUCUAACAAUAGCGCUCACACAAUGGCAGUAUCAGCAAGUAGAAGAGAACUACCUCCCUUCCAAAGAUGACUUUUUUGACAUGCUGGCGAACAUGCAUCACCUGGAAACUUUGGAUAUCGAGGAGUACUUCCCUCGAUACACCCCAGAUACGGGUGUAUAUAGUCGAAUGAGACAGCCUGGCAUUGAACUACUCGACCUAUCGUCUCUCAUCUUGAGAGGAUCAUGGGCGCCUUGUAUUGCUGUUCUGGGCAGCAUUCAAAUUCCUGAAACAUCGAUGGUCCAUUUCACUUGCAGAAAUCACACACGCGAGGGUUUCGUCGACCUGCUCCUUCCGAUGCUGGAGAAACAUAGUGGUAAAACUGGGAAAGCACUACCCCUACGAACCCUUUCGAUUUCCGUCGGUUCACUGGGUGGGUCGGUAGUUGUUAUAGGGCGAAAUUUCUCCGACCAAAAAGACCAUUUCCGUUGCAAACCUUCCAUCUUACUUGAUUUGGAUCACUUGGAUCCGAACAGCCUGUCCUUGGUGGCGAAUGCUCUUUACAUUCGGAAAUUGGAGGCAUUAUGGAUUUCACUUCGAACACAAGACCCCGAACUCUACAUACCGAUCAUCCAGGUGCUGGAGAAAGCUGAGAAUUGGGAUCAGGUAUCGUUUCAUGAUGAUGCUCUCCCACUUUUUUGUGCGAUGCUUGCCUCCACAUCCAACUCAGCAGGAGACGAGGCAAGGAUGCAUAUCGAUAAAUGUUUCUUCCCGAACCUACGAUCUCUCGUAUUAGGACACGAAACUGAACAGCCCUUCUGCGGCGGGUCGUUGAUUUACCAGGAUCAACUAGUAGCAGCCCUUCAGAAGCGCAAUGACUUGAAAGCUCAUUUGGAAGAACUUGAGCUUCAACUGCCAAGGAACGAAGCGUCAAAAAAGUGGGUAGAACAGCUAGAACAGCUAGAAGGGAUUGUGUCGGUGAAAGUGUUUUGGAACGGAGAGCGGUGA